CUGGUCUUCGUUCCUUCCCGAGUCUCCUGUGUUUUGUGGCUUGUGGGCAUCUGGUAUCCGCCCCUUGAGGGAGGGUACUGUCAUGAUCCGCCCCGGCCUCCCUGACUGUGUCUCUCCUGCCUUGAUUAACCUAAUUGUUCUCACCUAUCCCUCGUUACUCUGCCCAUGUGUUCCUGAUUCCCUUGUGUAUUUAUACCUCCCUCCUUGUUGCUGUCUUUGUCGGAUCGUUGUCGUUUGUGCAUGUUCGUUUGUCCUGUCGCUCCCAGUCUACAAUUAAACAUAUUUUUAUUUUUUCAUCCGUUUGCCUGCUCUUCUGCCUCCUGAACCGUCCACCACACUUGGUCCGCCAUCUCCCCCGCAGAACAUGACACAUGGUGAAAACAGUGCCACUAACCACACCCACCCAAACACCUGAACACCAAUAGGAAGCCAUCCUGCACCAACCCCACACCUGUGGAAAAAACCUGUUUAAUCACGGAUCCAGGUUAGAAAUGAAGAUCUGCUAUAAACGCUCCACAUGGACAUCAAAUACACACAGGUCUGAAUAAACGUGUGUUAGAGUGAAUGAACGAAGCAGCAUCCGUGAGGCUCCAGGUGAGUCUGGAGCUCCUGAACCAUCAGGAUGACAAACUCCACCUCCAGGUGAAGCUAAAGGUGGUUUUACAGGUUUGGUUGAAACUGCAGCUGAGCCGUUGAGCUCAGAGCGCUCCGAUAGGAAAUGGAGAGAAAAGUCUUCAGCUUCCUGGUUCUUUAUUCUCUUCUCUGUGUUUUGUGUUUUUCUAUGUUUUUAUUUUACCGCAGAGGUUGUCCUUCAGGUUCAUUUAAGGAACGACAAGCAGAAAACACAAAAACUGGAUUUUUCUGGAGGAUUAAAGAACGCGGACAGAAGAACAAAUCACCAGAGGUCCAGGUGAAGUCAACAGCUGGAGAAGAACCUCUGGAGUCGUGUCCAGAAACCCCUCCAGGCCUUCUGGGUCCACUCCAGGUGGAGUUUGAAACCAAUCGGACUCUGGAGGACGUCAGAAAGCAGGCUGGGUCAUCACUUCAGUGGGGAGGACAAUACAAACCUCCAGACUGCAUCUCAAAACAGAAGGUGGCCAUCAUCAUUCCAUUCAGAAACCGCCACGACCACCUGACCCACUGGAUCUAUUACCUCCACCCGAUCCUGCAGCGGCAGCAGCUGCACUACGGUGUUUUCGUCAUCAACCAGCAUGGAGAUGGGGAGUUCAACAAGGCUAAACUGAUGAAUGCCGGACACGUCGAAGCACUGAAGGAAGACGAUUACGGCUGCUUUAUCUUUUCUGACGUAGACAUGGUGCCUUUGGACGACCGUAACCUCUACAGAUGCUUUGACCGCCCGAGACACUUUUCCGUAGCUGUAGACAAGUUUAACUAUGAGUUACCGUAUAAACAGAUUUUUGGGGGGGUCACGGCGUUCUCAAAGGAACAGUUCUUGAUGGUGAAUGGCUUCUCCAACACUUACUGGGGCUGGGGCGGUGAGGAUGACGACAUGUACAAACGAGUCAUGUUCCAUUUAAAGUCCAUAUCCCGACCAGACGCUGUGAUUGGACGAUACAAGAUGAUUAGGCACGAGAGAGACCACCACAAUGAGCAGAACCUGAAGAAUGUUAAGGUUCUGUAUGAAACUAAAACGGGUUUGGAUCAGGACGGGCUCAGCUCGCUCAGGUAUUCGGUCACAGAGAUCACGAAGAACGUACUGUUCACCUUUAUUACUGUGGAUGUUCACGUUGCUCCGGGUCAGCCCGCGGGAUGAAAAAAUCACAACAGCGAUACCGUCAUUCAUGUGUUGCUGAAAUGUAGGCGACUCGUCCGGUCAUAACGACCUCUGAUUUGGUGAAAAUGGUUUUAGGUGAAAGAGUGAAAGCUGCGUUUACCUGGUGACCCGGUCCUACAGGAGCGUAUGCUAGCAGCUAAACGACUCAUUCUUAUUGAUCUUUGAAGGUUUUAUCUUUGAUAUUUUGUAUUUAUACAGAAGUUGUUACUCAGAAGAAAAAUGGAGUUAUGGAGGUGUUGGGACCCUGUUUGAAGGCACCUGAAGGUUUAUUUUUUAUAAUAAUUGUGAAAAUUUGUGUUCCUGAAAUUAAAUAAAAUGUUCUCAUCUAAUAAUGCAGCUGCCUGUGGCAUAUUUUACAUUUAGAUGUAAAAACAUUCCCAUGGUCUCAUCCUUCCUGCCCCGAGGGCCCCGCCCCCUGCUGUGGUAGAUCCUGGCCUCUGUUGCCAUGGUGAUCAGGGCCUGCUCCUGUGCAGCCAUGAUGAUUGCCUCUCAGCUUUCUUCCUAAAGCUUGGUUUAUGCUUGACGCGUUCACUUUCCGCUUGGUGAUGCGGCUCGCGGAUGGAACGCGCUUCACAACUCGCAGCGUUUAUGGUUCAUGCGGCUCGUCUCUGCGGUGAGCCAAUAUUCUCCCAAACUGUAGGGGGCAGCAUGGAGCUCUACAGCAUACAUCCAACACUACACCAUAGUAGAAGUAAAGAUUACUGUUUACAACAUGGCAUUCCAGCAUUUUUAACAGCGUCCUCGUCUUUUCCGACAGUGCGAGCUAUUUCUCUCCAAGAAUUAUUAACAACAUGUUGAUCACGGUGAUCUCUGAGAGCUGAAUCAUACACAUGUCUGUAUUUACCAACCUCUGCCAUACUAGUUCUUGCCGGUCCGCCAUGUUUUUCCGCGUCCGACCGUCCGCGUGGUUAGAAAAUUUCCUAGG